AUGAAUAACGGGUCGCCUCAACUCAGAUUAGACGUCGCGAUUUUCAGCUUCGAAUCUCACAGGUCUACCGUAGCAUCCAAACUGUCGAUGCAUGUUUGUCUUCUCCAUUGCAUAUUCAAGGCAUCUGCUGGAAUUGUUAUUUUUUCGCUGUUCCACGCUAUCUUAACAUUACGAGUAUAUGCCCUGUACGACAGAAGUAGGCGACUUGCCUUUCUUUUCGGAUCUGUGGGUGUUUCAAGAUUGGCUGUGGCCAUUCAAGGCCUCGUUUCAAAGAUCAUUCACGGUAGAAGCGUCGAUCAUAAUUGGAUACAUGUGUGGUUUGAUCAGCGAUGCCUUCCGAGACGUUCUUUUCCUGGAGAUCCCGCUAUUGCCUUUUUCGUCUUGAUUGAGAUAAGUACACAGUUCAUGCUGUGUUAUCUCACUUUGAGAAAGACCUUGCUCUUGAAACGUGGAUGCUCUUCUCGUUAUUCUGGUUGGGAUUGUGACGGCUAA